GGAGAGAGAGAGAGAUUCAUGAAUCUUUUACAGAACAAGAACAAGUUUCAGAAUAGUCUGGUCUGACUCUUUUGUAUCCUUCUCGUUUAAGAUUCAUCGUACGUAUUCAAACCACCAUUUCUCUGGCAUUACUUAUUGAGAAUGGCGACUUUCUUGAUCUCGGUGGUUUGAUUAUGAUCCACUCCAGCUGAUUCGACGGUUAAGAAACGCUGCAUUGAUCAUCCAUUGUUCUUUGCCAUCGAUCAAAACCUAAUAAAUAAGUUGGAGUUUUGUUCAUAAAAGAAUGUCGUUUAAUGCGGCUAUGGCGUCUCCAUCUCCACCUGCGGCCAACGACGUUUUCAAAGAACAUUUUGGCCUUCGUAGAUCGUUGUCCGGUCAAGAUCUCGUCGUGAAAGCUGGUGGAAUACGGAGAUCGAGUUCCGACAACCACUUGUGUUGUAAGAACAGGAUACGUGCUGUGUCCGUACGUCCUGGUCAGGGAAUGAAAAGCAGCCGAUCUGUAGGAGUGUUCUCGUUUCAAAUAUCGAGCUCCAUAAUCCCUAGUCCAAUAAAAACAUUGCUAUUUGAAACGGAGGACGAUACAGAUAGUGAUGAUGAGCCUGAGGUCGAGCCGAAUCUUGAUGGAGCCAAGAAAGCGAACUGGGUCCAGAGGCUGCUCGAGAUAAGGAGACAGUGGAAGAAAGAGACAAGAACAGAGAAUAGUAACGGAGAUGUUGUGUCGGAACAUGAAAACGUUACGUGUGGUUGCGAGGAUGGGGAAGGUUGCGUCGCGGAUUACGAAAACGGCGAUUGGGAACGCGAAACGUUUUCAAAGUUGCUUGUUAGGGUUUCUUGGUCUGACGCUAAACAGCUUUCUCAGCUAGCUUACUUGUGUAACGUGGCUUACACGAUACCUGAGAUCAAGGGUGAGGAUUUGAGAAGAAACUACGGGUUAAAGUUUGUUACAUCUUCACUAGAGAAGAAAGCCAAAGCAGCGUUACUUAGAGAGAAACUGGAGCAAGACUCAACACGGGUUCCUGUUGUUACAUCGCCUGAAUCAGAAUCCGACAAGUUUCAACAACGAUCAUCGUCUUCAUCUUCUGCUUACAAGAUUGCUGCUUCAGCCGCUUCAUACAUUCACUCGUGCAAAGAGUAUGAAUCUUCAGACUUGAACAACCCUUAUAAAUCUGCGGCUGCGGCUCAGGCGGCAGCGUCGACAAUGACCGCGGUGGUUGCUGCGGGUGAGGAUGAGAAGCUAGAAGCGGCAAGGGAGUUGCAGUCGCUACAAUCUUCUCCUUGUGAGUGGUUUGUGUGUGAUGACCCAAACUCAUACACUAGGUGCUUUGUGAUUCAGGGUUCUGAUUCUUUAGCUUCUUGGAAAGCAAACCUCUUCUUUGAGCCAACUAGAUUUGAGGACACUGAUGUUUUAGUCCAUAGAGGAAUCUAUGAGGCAGCAAAAGGAAUAUACGAGCAGUUCUUACCUGAAAUAACCGAACAUUUGUCUCUACACGGGGAUAGAGCCAAGUUUCAGUUUACAGGUCAUUCUCUUGGAGGCAGUCUCUCGUUAAUAGUGAAUCUGAUGCUUCUCAGUAGAGGACUCGUUAGUUCUGAAGCAAUGAAACCUGUUGUCACGUUUGGUUCACCGUUUGUGUUUUGUGGUGGUGAGAAGAUUCUCGAGGAACUUGGUCUUGAGGAGAGUCAUGUUCACUGUGUGAUGAUGCAUAGAGAUAUCGUCCCACGAGCUUUCUCGUGCAAUUACCCUGACCAUGUUGCUCUCGUCCUCAAACGUUUGAACGGGACGUUCCGUACACAUCCUUGUCUUAACAAAAACAAACUGUUGUAUUCACCAAUGGGGAAAGUAUUUAUCUUACAACCAAGUGAGAGCGUCUCACCAACGCACCCUUGGUUACCGCCGGGAAACGCUCUCUACGUUUUAGACAAGAACAACGAAGGUUAUUCUCCCACGGCGUUGCGUGGGUUUCUAAACCGCCCACACCCACUCGAAACGCUGAGCCAACGCGCCGCUUAUGGCUCAGAAGGUUCGGUGUUGAGAGACCACGACUCUAAAAACUACGUCAAAGCCGUGAACGGAGUUAUCCGGCAGCACACGAAGCUCAUCGUUAGAAAAGUGAGGAGACAGAGGAGGAGUACUGUUUGGCCUGUGCUAACGCCAGCAGAACCGAACUCUUCAGUCAAUGACUGGAGUCUGACGGCAACUGAAGAGAUCAUGACACGUGCCUAGAAAAGGGACGACGGUCGAUGCCUCGUUAAGUUGUGCAUAGAAUAAAUUAUGUUUAUGUGUUUGUUUACAUUUCUUGGGAGGCACGAGUAGAGUUAAUAAAAAUGUUGUAAAACCGUAAAUACCUCUUUCGUUAGUAAUAUAUAAAAUUGAGAGCUACAUGUUAUCUGUAAUCGAAAACAACUUCUUUGAAUAGAAUGUUAUAGACAUGGGCAUUUUACCCGGACCCAAAGACCCUAACCGAAACUGACCCGAAAAUAUAGGUUUGGAUCAGAGUCCGGGUCCAUGCUAAAGUACAUGUUAGAUCUUUUUAUUUGGACCCGUAAGUCUCCGUUCAGGUCCGGAUCCUACCAAAACCCAAUCGGGUCCUCGAAGUACCCAAAAGUUAUUGCGUAUAUUAGGUCUAAUUGGGCGAUUGGAUAUAAUCUAUAAAUAAUUUAACAGAUUUUUUUUAUUAAGAAUAAAAUAGCUGUAUAAAAAUAUAAAAGAAAAUAAUUAUCAAAUAAUUAAUUUCCAUUUUAAAAGUCUAAAUAAAAUAAAAAUUACAAAUGAAAAAUUAAUCAUAUUUUUUCUUAUAAUUAACUAACUUUACUUCUUAAUAAUUUUGUGUUAAAAAAAUAUAAACCAAAAUUAACUUCAAAUAUUUCACCUGAUAUGAUUGUGACAUAUAUCAACUAAAAUAAAUAAAUUGUAAAUGUGUCAAUAAAAACUGUCAUUAUGUGAAAAUAACUUCUUUUUUUCCUAAAAUCCUAAAUAAAAAAGAUUUCGAAAAAAUUUAUUUUCUAAUCUUAAUCAAUUAAUAUUUUUUUCUUUUU